GGCCGAGGCUGGAACGCACACUCACGCUCGUCAGAUGCCGACCCGAAUCGCCCGCAGGAUGUCCAUUAGUAAGAUUCACGCUCGUGAAAUCCUCGACUCCAGGGGAAACCCCACCGUCGAGGUGGAUCUGUACACGGCUAAAGGUCGUUUCCGGGCAGCUGUUCCCAGCGGCGCUUCCACUGGAGUUCAUGAGGCUCUGGAGCUCCGAGACGGAGACAAGACACGCUACCUGGGCAAAGGUACCCAGAAGGCCGUGGACCAUGUGAACAAAGAGAUCGCUCCCAAACUGAUUGAGAAGAAGCUCAGCGUCGUCGAACAGGAGAAGAUAGACAAGUUCAUGCUGGAGCUCGAUGGAACUGAGAACAAAUCUAAGUUCGGCGCUAAUGCGAUCCUGGGUGUGAGUCUGGCUGUGUGUAAGGCAGGCGCCGCAGAGAAGGGCGUUCCUCUGUACCGCCACAUCGCUGACCUCGCCGGGAACAAAGACGUGAUCCUGCCGGUUCCUGCCUUCAACGUCAUCAACGGCGGCUCUCACGCCGGGAACAAGCUGGCCAUGCAGGAGUUCAUGAUCCUGCCCGUGGGAGCCAAGAACUUCCACGAGGCCAUGAGGAUCGGCGCCGAGGUCUACCACAACCUCAAGAACGUCAUCAAGGCCAAAUACGGCAAAGAUGCCACCAACGUGGGAGACGAGGGCGGGUUCGCACCCAACAUCCUCGAGAACAACGAGGCUCUGGAGCUGCUGAAAUCUGCCAUCGAGAAGGCCGGCUAUCCUGACAAGAUCAUCAUCGGCAUGGACGUCGCUGCGUCCGAGUUCUUCAAGAAUGGUAAAUAUGAUCUGGACUUCAAGUCACCCGACGACCCGAAACGCCACAUCACUGGAGACCAGCUGGGAGACCUGUACAAGAGCUUCAUCAAGAACUACCCCGUCCAGUCCAUCGAGGAUCCGUUUGACCAGGACGACUGGGAGAACUGGACUAAGUUCACAGGGUCGGUGGACAUCCAGGUGGUGGGAGACGAUCUGACCGUCACCAACCCCAAACGCAUCCAGCAGGCGUGUGAGAAGAAGGCCUGCAACUGCCUGCUGCUGAAGGUCAACCAGAUCGGCUCCGUCACCGAGUCCAUCCAGGCUUGUAAGCUGGCUCAGUCUAACGGCUGGGGUGUGAUGGUCAGUCAUCGCUCCGGUGAGACGGAGGACACCUUCAUCGCUGACCUGGUGGUCGGUCUCUGCACGGGACAGAUCAAGACCGGCGCCCCCUGCAGAUCAGAGCGCUUGGCAAAGUACAACCAGCUGAUGAGGUCAGCAAUGACAUCAUUCCCUCCUCAAAUCAGCCGUCCAAUCGGAGUGUGCAAACCCUCACCUGUGUGUGUGUGUGUGUGUGUGU